AGCCGAGGGUGGGCGGGGCUUAGGGCCCAACAGACAUGGCGGCGGCCGCGGGAAGUCGAGGGGUCCGGGCCCUGCGGGAGAUUCGCAUCCACUUGUGUCAGCGCUCGCCCAGCAGCCAAGGCGUCAGGGACUUCAUCGAGAAACGCUAUGUGGAGCUGAAGAAGGCAAACCCGGACCUGCCCAUUCUGAUCCGCGAGUGCUCAGAUGUGCAGCCCAAACUCUGGGCCCGCUACGCAUUUGGCCAAGAGAAUCAUGUCUCCUUGAACAAUUUCAAUGCUGAUCAGGUAAUGAGAGCCCUGGAGAACGCACUAAGUGGCAAACCCUGAAGCUUCCACUGAACAGCCCCACAGCCUGGGCACUGCUGGACUGAGUACAGUGUGGAUGAAUGUAUUCUCCAGUCCUCCAUAAAGCUUAUGUGUAAGA